CCCUACGCCUUUAGUCGUGCUAUUUGUUCUCCCUCUGUACAGGAACAGGCGAGGGAAGAAAGCAAAAAUGCCGUCUCCAAAGCGUGAGAGCGAAGAAGCUCUAGCCUCAAAGAAAGAGGAGUCGAGAGAUAAUAUUAAUAACGGCAGCAACAAUUAUUACGAUAUCUAUGGACCACAAGCGAAAGCAGAAGUAGUUUUCAAGAUGCCAGAAUCUAACUCAACUCUGAAUUUGGAAGACGUCCAAGGGCUUGUAACCUGGGUGCUUGCUGAAGGAUUCAUGCCAUCAUGGGUAUUUAUCAAGAACAAGCCUCUAAUUCCAAAAGUGGCUUUGCUUUUCAUACCUGGCCUGGAUGCAGCGUUAUACUUAUCACAGUCUAAGUUACUUCGUAGUUUUAAAGAAUUCUGUGGCAAUCCAACAGCACUUUUGGCUCUUAGCUGUAUAUCAGAUAGUAUGCGGACAAUUGAUGCACUUUUAACAUGCAAGACAAAAAGAAAGAGAGAUGGAGUUGAUUCAGUUUUGAGGAAAUCUAUCAAGAUAUCUGAACAAGAAGCAAAAGAUUCUGGUACAGGGGAUCUAUCAUCAGUGGAAUUCAUGAAAGAUCUACCUUUCCCACUAACAUGUUACACACUUACGGCUAGACAAUUGGAAGAAAAUGGAUAUUGUAUCAAUCAACCAGGUUUUCUUCAUACCCUUCCUGCACCUUCAGGUUCUUCACCCUAUGAUAUACUGGCACUGGAUUGUGAAAUGUGUAUCACAAAUGAGGGCUUUGAGCUGACAAGAGUAACCAUGGUGGAUAUCAAAGGACAGGUGGUAUUGGAUAAAUUGGUUAAACCAUCAAAUGUCAUCAUUGACUACAAUACCAGGUUUAGUGGAAUUACAUGUGAGAUGCUGAAUGAUGUAACUACAAGUCUUAAAGAUGUUCAGGAAGAGUUUCUAAAGCUGGUUUACGAAGAGACCAUCUUGAUUGGCCAUUCGCUGGAGAAUGAUUUGUUAGCUCUGAAGAUCUCUCAUGACUUGGUGAUUGAUACCGCAUUGUUAUACAAGCAUCCCCGAGGUGGUUCUUAUAAAACUGCUCUUCGAAUUCUUGCCAAAAAAUUUCUUUCUAGAGAGAUACAGCAGUCUGGGGCUGGACAUGACAGUAUUGAAGAUGCAAGAGCAGCUAUGGAACUGGCAUUGUUAAAGAUAAAAAAUGGACCUGAUUUUGGUGCUCCGCCAUCAUUUAUACGGACAAAGCUUCUUACUGUUUUGAGUGAAUGUGGUAAAGCAUCCUCUGUCAUUGAUGAUGUUUCCAUAGUGAAGAGGUAUGCUUCUUCAUCAUCCCAUGCAUUUCCUGUGAACUCUGAUGAUGAAGCGCUUUCAAGAGCCAUUAAGGAGGUGAAGAAUGAACGAGUACACUUUGUCUGGACCCAGUUUUCAGAGUUGAAUUCCUACUUCAAGAAGCAAGCAGAGGAUGAAGGGAAGCUAAAUGCAAAAAUUGCAGAGAUGAUAUCAUUGCUUACGUGUCAAGAGAAGUCUGUCAACAGUAAAGGCACCAAAUGCAUUAUAACAUCUGAUCUAAAGGAAAUUCUAACUAGCAUGGAUGCUAGGGUCCGUUCCCUAUACUCUUCAUUGCCAACUAAUACAAUGCUCAUAAUUUGCACUGGACAUGGGGAUACAGCAGUUGUCCUAAGAUUGAGGAAAUUGCUGAGAGAGAAGAAAGAAACCCCAAUAUGCCGGGAGAAGAUUGUAAAAGUCUUGGAAGAGCUUCAGGCCCAAGCUGAAGUAGCUUUGUGUUUUGUAGGUGUGAAGAACUGAAUAUGAGCUAUAUAUAUAUAUAUAUAUAUAUAUAUAUAUAUAUAUAUAUAUAUAUAUAUAUUUGUCUCUGUUUUUUUAUAAUUAAAAUGUCAUUAGUGUUGAUUUUAGUACUGAUGUCCCAAAGUUUUGGUGUAAAACAUUCAUUCAUUGAAUGAUAAUGAAAUGGUGUGAAUUAAGGUUAUAAAGAAAUGAAAUUGCUAGCAGAAAGUUUUAUGUUGUCUGA